AUAGGAUCUGACUACUGGUGUGAGGAGAGAGAUUGCAGAUGGGAAGGAAGUGGUGCCAAGAGCUGCAGCUGCAAAAACUGCAAAUGAAUCUACAGUUAUCUCAAAAUAAAAUGAUUACUUUUAAAAAGUCAAAACUUGGAGGCCAAGAUAAGGAAACCAGUAUGUCAGUUUGGCAGUUACAACAUGAGCUUUGAAUAUGUGACAUCAUAAUGGCAGUGACCGCGGACCGCUGCGGAAUCUUCAGGCUUCAAGCAUUUGACAGUACUCUGCCAAGUGCUGUAGACUCACUCGAUUUCCCGUCCCGCGAAUUGAAGAGAAAAGGAUGUUCCCGUCAAUCAGAAAGCACGCUGAGCUUACAGGUGGACAUUCAAGGCUUCAGCGCAUGAGGAAGACCUCGUCUGUGGAGGUGGACACCCACAGCGAAAGCACUACAUCAUCUGAGGGUGCCACUCGUACCUUGCUCAUCCAUGGCCCCGUUGAGCUCAAGAAAGGCUGGAGGAGGCAGAAGUGGCAGCUUUUCUUGUACAGCGAUUUAUUACUGAUGUCUAAUACCAAGUAUAAGAAAAACUUUAAGAUAAAAAAGAAAAUACCACUGAACACCAUGUGGAUUGCCAACUGCAUGGAUACAGUGGGAGAUGCCAACAUCCGUUCUGGGAGGUCCUUUGUGUUGGGCUGGCCCACGGUGAACUUCGUGGCCACCUUCAGUUCUUCAGAACAAAAGGAAAAAUGGCGUUCUUACCUUCAAAGGUACAUCAUGCUAGCCAAAGAGAAGGAGCAGCCAAAAAGCAUUCUCCUCAAAAUCUUCACUGAGAACAUCAAGAACUGUGCCUGUUCUGUAACUGUAACAGUGACAAAUUCUGACACGGCAAAUGACACUAUCAACAUGUUACUAACAAUGCUGGGAAUAACCGGCUCUGAGAAAGACUUCCAGCUGUGGGUGAGUUCUGGCAAGGAAAAACUUCCACUAAUUGGUAAGUGUCAGGGAAAAUCUAAGAUGGGAUUGAUUGGGUUCAAAAUUGUAACUCUAAGAUUCAAAGUAAUGGUUGUUCUUUCUUAAGCUUCAAAAUCCUUAAAAGUGAAAAUCACAUGCUAUAUUCACUCACAUGUUUAUUAAAUAAUUAUCAGGUACUGUUUCCCAGGCAUUGAUAACAUCUCUUCAUUCAGCAGCUAUGGUUU